AUGACCAAAGAGCUGAAAGAAGAACUCGGGGAACCGUACGCGAACAAACUUACUUUGCCCGACGUUCCAUCGGAUGACAAAGCGGACCAUCACUUUCUUUUACAAUCGCACGACUUUCCCGAUCUUCUCUUUACACUGGGUGUGUCUCCGAACGGAACGAUCAUCGACGACUAUCCAACUUAUCUCAACGCUCGUCGUGACUGCACGGCUGAACAUCGAAAAAAGACACCUGAGAAUGUCAGAUCCUUUGCUCAGGGCAUCGUUCGAGCCAUUGAGCGCGUUCAAAAUGAUUUUCAUCUGAAUACUUUUGCUAAGUACGAUUCAGCAGGAUGUGGGGGUGGAACCAAUAUGAGUCCUGAUUCACAUGCUGUUCUCUACGAUAAGACAAAAGAAGAAAGUGAGCGAGUGGACUACUUGACAAAAUAUAUCAAUGAUGGAUGGGGACAUGAGGAAUUGCCGCCCUUUGGCGUUGUUGAAGAAUCGGAAGAGGCCGAAAAGUGGUCCGGCGUGCCUGCGGACUAUGGGAUUUGUGGAUUUGUGUUGAGUGGCAAAUUUUUCCCUACUUCCGUUAAUGUGGAGAGAACGACUCAUGGUCGAUAUGGCGGUAUGUGGAUGGCAGCGAAACCUGCCGACAUUGAUGAUUCACUUGAACUGUGGCAGCGAACGUUUGAUUCAUUCGAUCGCAUGGUAUCAAUUGAGGCAGAACCAUUGUCCUACAAGAAUGGCACUUAUUCAGCUGAUUUAUUCGUCACUGCUGCGAAUGAGCUAAAAGUACGCGAUUGGAACCUUAGACGGGGUGGUCAUUCGGCGCCUGAAUCUCUGAUCAUCUUUGGAAUGCCGAACUACGAGAUGAAAAUGACGCUUUAUCUUAAAGAUUUAGGGAGCAGUUUCCAGUUUACCGAUGUACAACUAUAUCAAGUCUACACACGUAUUUGUGAACUUCUCGUUAACGAAUAUAGUAUGUACGUUAUCAAUACUGGUCUUGGCUAUUGUGGAAAGCUCGAUAGCAAGGGAAAUGACUUUCUCAAGUUUCACGUUCUUGUUCAUCCAAUGUCGUUUAUCAAUGCUGCUGAUGGAAAACCAUUACCGCGGCGUAAACACCCGGACAAAGCAACAGAGCUAGUCCGUGCCGCAGCUUCGAAAAUUUUGCUCAACAACCAAUUGUGA